UGGUUGUGCUGGACGUCAAAGUAAACACGUUCAUAUUAAACAUGUCCGACUCAUCAUCCUGAGCGACUCAUACUUUGACCCUUUGGUCAAUACUCCCCAAGAGAGACAUAGAGAGACGGAGACAAGGUGUCUGCUGGAUCUGGUUCUGACGUUCUCUUUGGAUCAUGGUGGAACCAGUUUCGAAACCAGCUGCUGUUCUACUGCUGUUUCUACUGCACAGCUGCCGAGCUAACGAUGUUUUCCUCGACAGCCAGCGAGCCUCUGAGGUUCUGGUCCGGAGCAGACGAGCCAAUCAUCUGUUUGAGGAGAUGAAACCAGGAAACCUGGAGAGAGAGUGUGUGGAGGAAGUGUGCGACCAUGAAGAGGCCAGAGAGGUGUUCGAACAGACGGAUAAAACAGAAAACUUCUGGAAGAAGUACCUGGGUAAGUACUACUACUUUACUUUGACAUCGAGGUACAUUUACUUCACUUUUAUGUUAGGUCACACUACUUUUUCUUAAUUUACUUUAACAUAA